UUACAGUCUCCUCAACAUAUAUCAAAGGCCUUCAUUCCACCUGCAGCUUGGCUCUAAAAUUAGAGUAGUAUGAACUGAACAGACUGUUGUGUGUUGGAAUUAAGAACGCCGCCGCCGACCUCGCGAUCGCUGUUGUUGGUCAAGAUCGUCCAAUCUCGUUCUCAGAAAAAACAAACAAAUCGGCUCCCAAUUGUAUUAGAAGCCUUGUUAGCAGUAAUAGCUAAUAAGCAAGUGUGUGAGCAUGCCUCAGACUCUCUCUCUAUAUAAGCAAGGUUUGCUGAGUUGUUGCAGCGCCCACCUCAACUCUUGAGCAGGGGAACAAUAUGGCUAGCCGAUAUGCCGUGGAUGACUCCAUGUGGCCUGAAGUGUUGGCCAUCAAUGGGUACGCCGUGUUCUUGGGGUACCUGAUGAUGGGCGUAAGGGGGUUGGGCUUAUUGGUUGUUACCUGGACCACUGUCGUCCUCCUCGGUGGCUUCGUCUCUGAUCUUCAGAAGAAGGACUUUUGGUGUCUCACAGGAAUCACGCUCGUCCAAACUGCUGGCGUCUUCAAUUUUCUUUUAAAGGAAAAGUUAAGUGACAUGGUGCAUUCUUGGUGGGGUCUGCUGAUUGCUGUAUCUGUCGCAAUCAAAGACGACAAAGAAGAAGUUGAAGGAAAAAAAAUGGUGGUAACAAUACUUUUAGUGGUGAUUCAAGUAUUUGUGCAUGUUAUUGUAUUAUGUCCUCUUGGGGCUCUCUACAUGCUUGGCUUGUACAUCUCUACUGGAGUUUCAUUGUGGCGUCUAAUAGAGCAUGACUUCGGUAAUGCUGGGGGUGCCAACCAGAAGCCGGCACUACAAGUCCUCUAUGGCUUAGCUGUGGCACAAGGCAUGCUCUUUGGAUACAAGAAGACCAUACAUGCUCUUGGGCCAAGAAACAGGCUAGCGAAAUUUGGGGCAGAAGUGGUUGGCACGGUGGACGAAGAGCUAGUUGCAGGGUACCUAGAGGAGACCAUAGCAGGGUGCGAGAAGGACCCAUCAUUCGCUACCGGAAGGAAUUUUGUCACGUAUGGUGUGAACUUAAUGAUGGAAGCUAAGUCAAAUGAGGGUUUCAUUGCUGGGAUAAGGGUUCUGGGUGGGGCUAUCAAGGAUCCCUACCUGAGGGGUCGAAUGGUGCUAGCAAAACAUCUGUUGACUAGAUCGGAUUCCUGGAGUUACAUGAUCCAGAGACUGCUAGACACAGUAAUAGGUCCUAGAAGCCCAUAUAGUAGAGAUGUCAGGGAGCACGCGGCGAGGAUAGUGGCUCUUAUUGCCCGUGGCAUCCGUUUGGAGCAGUUCCCAGGAAUGAUUGAGGUCAUAACUUCCAUGCUUGACACAUCUGCUGAGGAGUCCAAUCAGCAGGACAGCCAGUUCUACCGGAUAAACCGCAAAUAUGGCCGUAGAAAAUCCGCGUACUACUAUGUGAGAAUCCAUAAGCUAGAGGCAUGUAACGGACUCAACAAUUAUGAGAGAGUCGAGCUGCUUGAGGAAUAUGAUCUAGACUACCUAAUAAGUGAGCAUAAAAAUAAAGGUUCUCCUGAUUUCUCCUUAAGCAGUCUAAUACAGUGGUUAGUCCAAUGCCUUCUGUGCAAACGAAAAAAAAAGGAAAGACGGAGGGAAAACACAGUCCAUGGCUUCGACGGACUGCUUACGGAAGCCGUGAAUAUCAUUCACCAGCUCGCAGUUGAUGAGGACAAUCGAAUAAGUAUGAUUACGAGCAACACAAUGCUACAGCACAAGAUUGCCAUGGCGCCCCUCAAAUUCCACAGGAACAAUCAUUAUGCGUGUAGGGUAUAUCAAAAGUCAGAGCUCCAGAUGCUAGAGAAAUGUUGGGUAGUCACGGAAGGGCUCGGGGCUGCUGUUAAAGACAGCAACAACCAAGGGUGUAUCUUGGAGGGAGCCCCUUCUGGUGGAGGAGACAGAAGACAAGAGGGGGAUCUUCUUCGGUCCAAGGUUGGUUCCACCCUUGAGAAUGCAAUCAUCAUCAGCAUUAAAACUAUCUUUGACUGCCUCGACUGUCGAGCGACGCAAAAAAAGCAAGGCAUACAGAUUCUCCUGCAUCUUUCUUUGGAUCUAUCCUCAAUCAUGGACAAUGAAAGCGGGACAAGAAGACUCACCUGGAUACUGCUUCUUAUUAUUGCUUGUGAAUCUUAUGAUGACUCUAAGUACUGGAUGGUUUGCGGUUUCACAGAUACGAAGAAGAACGAGUGUGACUUCGAUAGCAUCAGGUGUUUAGCACGUAAAAAGCUAGAGGACAUGCUUCAAGAGAAGCAUGAACUACCUUCAGAAGAAAGUGAGAGAAAGUUGCAAUUAAUUCUUCUUGCUCUUGGAGACCUAACUACUGCAUUUGUUGACGAUGCUGAAGAUAUUUCAAUCAGAACACAUGCAGCAAUAAUCAUGGAGGGUCUAUGUUAUGGUUACAGGCGCUAUAUUGACCUUGCCCUUGCCAAGCAAGUGAAAGAGAUGUUGGUCGAUGUGAUCCCAAAGGUGGUCAAGGAAAUACUAGUUCGUUGUGCGUCCACAAGAGAAGAAAGGCAAGCACAGGGCACUGAUGUGGAAAAUGGUGGUGUCUCACAGGGUUGUGCCCUGGAAAGCAGGACGUGCCAGGAUGAUGGCUACACUGACAAUGGACGACUGCGGAAAGCCUUGAUAUCCUUGUGCCGGGAUGGCUAUAUGGGAAACUUCUGGUUGUGGCCUGAGUUCAAGAAGAUUGCACCUGAAAUAUGUAAGCAACAAGGGAAGUCUUUCAAGUAUUUCAAAUCACUCUUAGUAGUUUGAAAAGUACACAUUCAUCUGCAGUGUUCUGUUUAUGUUGAUCAUGAGUCCUCAAUCCUCAUAGAAAACUACUCUAUGUUUCAUGAGGAUGUCCGGUGUGUCUUGCGUGGCCUUGGAUAAUUGAACACAAAGUGCUUCUUUGGUUGGUUUCAUUGUACUAUUUUAAGAACAUACAUAGGAGUACUGAACAUCUAUCUAUCUACUUGAGCAGAUGCUUCGGCAUUCCUGUGAGCCGUUUGCGUUCUGCUGCUAGUAAUAUUUGGUUCUCCUGGAUGCUACUGGGAGACCAAGCAAAACUACGUUGAAUUUGAACUUUGGUUUUCCUUAAUUUC